UUGUAAUCGGCCUGGGUUGUGGAUAAAAGCUGAAACGAGCCCCAGCCGGAGUCACUGCAGUGAAGAUGAUGAAGAAGGUGGCCCUGCUCGCAGCUCUGCUGGCUCUGGCGUGCGUUUGCGAAGGCGUGACCUUCGGCCAGCUCUGCGAGGGAAACCCCAACAACAACCGGAGGACAUCAGACAGUUUUGGUUCCGGGCACUUCGGGGCCUCGCGGAAUGGCAGGUCUCACCAGGGGUUGGACAUUAUUUGCGACGACGGCUCCGUGGUCUACGCUCCAUUCGACGUCACGCUCAACGGGAGACUCACCGUCUAUACUGACCCCACAAAGGCUGCCAUCAACAGCGGGAUAAACCUAGAGGGCGAAGGCCUGUGCGUCAAACUCUUCUAUGUGAAUCCGGACCAGACUUCAGGACGUGUAAGCAAGGGCCAGCGUUUGGGUGUCAUGAUGCCCAUGCAGAGCGUUUACCCGGGAAUCACCUCGCACGUCCACGUGCAGAUGUGCGACCGGAGCGAUCCAACAAAGUACUUCUGAGGAUUGGAGUGGGGGCACCUUAAAUGGCACGUUGUGAUUUUAUUGACAGCGUCCUUUCAAAAAUUGGCAACUAAACAUGACACAACAUUCAUCAACUCGAUAGCAAACGGGUAAACAAACUGCACAAAAAUUAUUUUUGCUUCAUAACAUCCUGUACAGGUUUGUGUUGUAGCCAAUUUGUAGAAGAAUAAAGAUGUCACUGCAUUUAUGUGUGUAAUGUUGUCAUUUUCAUGAAUGUAUUUUGUGCAUUUUGUAGAGGAUGCUGUCAGCGUCUUAAUUUUGAUAUCAUUUAAAAUGUUUGCCCUUUAAUUUGGAGCCUUUUGUUGCGUGCCCUUGGUUUAGUUAUUCAUCUUAUUUAGUGUCAGAAUGGAUGUGAUUAAAAGUGAUCUUGGGAAAAACGGGCUUAUAAUGUGUCCGUUUUAGCAACAGAUAAAUGCAAAGCAGUAAUACACACAAAUUUUAAAAAAAUUGUCCACUGUGAAAAAUAUAAAUUG